UUCUCAGUCUCUUUACUCGUAUUUUCCACGCUCCACUCUUCUACGCCCGCUACCCUCUUUCUCUCUACCUUACCUCCUUCUCGUCUUCUCGCGCCACUCCCUUCCCCAGCAGCUUCUCUCAUUCUGUCUGCCACUAGCCUGCACCCCCAGGCCCCAGUAGAGACAUUCUUAGUAUCACAUAAAGGAUUAACGUUGUAAUGCACUAUGCAUCAUCUUCCAUAUAAGCUAUCAUAUAUUUGUUUCUCUUUCACUUAGGUAAAAGAGACUGUAUUUUGCUAUUUUUGCUAAUCUUAAUAUAUGGACAUCGAUUCUAAAUCAUCUGAGGAAGAAGAGGUCACUAUGGAAACGGAAAGCAAGGGCAUCCAGAAGGUUGACAUUUCCAAUUCAAUGGAAAAGCUUCAGAUUGAGGGGACUUCAUCUAAAUUCAAUAGAAAGCCAGUUAUCAUCAUUGUGGUUGGAAUGGCAGGCAGUGGGAAAACUACAUUUCUACAUCGACUUGUAUGUCACACAAUGGCUUCUAAUAUCCGAGGUUAUGUAAUGAACCUUGAUCCCGCUGUGAUGACCCUUCCAUUUGGAGCGAAUAUUGAUAUAAGAGACACAGUUCGCUACAAGGAGGUUAUGAAGCAAUUUAACCUAGGUCCUAAUGGAGGAAUCCUUACUUCUCUAAACUUGUUUGCUACAAAGUUUGAUGAGGUAAUAUCAGUCAUAGAAAAACGGGCAGAUGAACUGGACUAUGUUCUUGUUGACACACCUGGUCAGAUAGAAAUCUUUACAUGGUCUGCUUCUGGUGCAAUUAUCACAGAAGCUUUUGCAUCUACCUUUCCUACUGUGGUAACAUAUGUUGUUGAUACCCCACGAUCUGCUAGUCCUGCCACUUUUAUGAGCAACAUGCUUUACGCAUGCAGCAUCCUAUACAAGACACGUCUGCCUCUCGUAUUGGCCUUCAACAAGACAGAUGUAGCACAACAUCAAUUUGCUUUGGAGUGGAUGGAGGAUUUUGAAGCAUUUCAUGCAGCACUUGAAUCAGACAACUCUUACACUUCGACUCUGACACGAAGCCUGUCCCUUUCACUGGAAGAAUUCUACAAGAAUCUCAAGUCUGUUGGAGUCUCUGCAGUUUCAGGUGCUGGGAUGGAUGAAUUCUUUAAGGCCAUCGACGCAAGUGCUGAGGAGUACAUGGAAACUUACAAAGCCGAACUUGACAAGAGGCGGGCAGAGAAACAACGUCUGGAAGAAGAACGCAGGUUGGAGAAUAUGGAGAAGCUGAGGAGAGACAUGAAUAGUUCGAGAGGAGAAACUGUUGUCUUGAACACCGGUUUAAAGGAUAAAAAGGGAAAAAGUAGCAGCAUGGUGGAGGAAGAGGAAGAUGAAGAUUCGGAUGAGGAUUUUGAGAGAUUCAAUGAUGAUGAUGAUGAUCUCAUAAGUGAAAAUGAUGAAUAAGUUGCAAGCUUCCAUUCUGAGAAGUUAAAUGUGGUGUUACAUGUUUGUUUUCUAGGUCAAAACAUGCUUCACUGCGUGUGUAUAUUACUGACAUGAUGAAACUGAACUGGACCAGCUGUUUUUUCCUUCCCCAGCAGAAGACUAUUUUUUAAUGACAUAGGAUAGUAUCCUUGUUCGUCG